AUAGCUCUGACGUGAAAGUAGGCAAAGUCGACAGUUUCAGUAAUAUAGCACCAGAAGACUUCAGGACAACCUCAGGACAUGGAUAAAACGACGCAAGGCGCUGAAACAGGUAAUCCACCAGACGCAUCAGGCAGCGAGAGGGACGAGCAAGAUCAGGACGUGUCAAGAGCAAGACAAGAGCUGAACAACGAAACUGUGGUACUAAUGCCAGAUUCUAACUCGAGUCAGAUUAAGUGGUGUUCCUUCAAGGUUUUUUCUACAAUAUGCGGUUUACUGUUCAUGACACUCAACUAUUAUAUGGACAUGAAAACCCUCAUCGACUACUUCAUUCAGGGGAAAAUUGUCCUCUUUUAUUCUUACCUACUUUUCACUGUACUGCCAACUAUAUGCAUCCACCUUUUCAUCGCUAUAAGGCUCGAACCUAACUGUUGUCAAUCCCUGUUUGCCUUUUUGUUCUCACCUUGGCUGCUCUCGUUCAAGUACAUACAAGUCUAUGGACAAAACACACCCAUAGAGGAUGGUAUAAAGCGCACUAUGACAGUCGUAGAAGUGGUCGGAUGUCUUUUUAAAGCAGUUCCCCAGCUCUACAUCCACAGCGCUGCUUGGUGGACUGGCGUUUAUGUAAUCUCGCCAAUUUUCUUUGAACGCACUACAGAGAUUUUUAUAAGGAUAUUGGUCAAGACUCCUCCGGUGGCGUUUACCCUUCUGGCCGAAUUUUCUGAAGAUAUGCCAUUCUGCAGGAAAUUAAAGAACUGCAUCCCUGUGGCUCCUGUACUUGGUGCCCGCGUGCUUGUCUGUACGUCGCUCUUCGCUCUGCAAGAUUCCUGGCGGUGGGUUUCUUUCCUUCUUCCUUUCCUCGGCGUCGUCGCGUCUUGGCUCAUCAGUGCCAGAACAGGACAAAGGAGGGUCAUAGAGGCAUUUGCAAAGACCCUCCUCCUCCCACCCGCUGACAUGGCGGGCAUCGUCCCUUCUGCCUUGUACGUGAUCGUCUGCGGAAUGGCUGUCUGUGCGGGUAAAAACUGCACCAUAUUUUUAUUUUCUUUCGUGUCGCUCAGUCACAUCGUGGGGGGAAUCUUAUGGAAAGGCGUUUUAAAUAAGAAAUAUAAAUGUAACUAAAAAGCUAGCAAAAAGGGCACAUUUCAAUGGGUUUCAAACUUUCUGAAUGUUGCGCCGCCUAUGAAUGAUCACAAAAUACUGGUCUUAAAAUCAGAGAACUUUAAAUAUUUGAUAUAUUAGUAGGGUUAUGUUAUGCUGAUGAUAGUUUUUUUGUUUUUUUUGUGAAUAGCACUGUGUUAUAUAAAACUUACCAUGAGUGUAAUGAAUACUGAUUGUAUGUAAUGGACUGAGGUCUUAUGAAUAUCA